CUCUCCUCCCCCCGAGAGGCGGGGAAACCUGCGCUACAAAUACAGAGCGGCUGUCCAUGAAACCAGAUUAGUUGACCGACCGAGAGGAUAAACUGCUACAGAAGACAGAAACAAACCCGGACUACCAAUUAUACGUUGUUUUUUUACAGAUUGAACCACCAUGAAUAAAGAAACUGAGAUCGACAUGAAGGACGUGGAGCUCAAUGAGCUGGACCCUGAGAAGCAGCCCAUUACAGGUGAUGGCCAGGCUUCAGGCGGAGAGAAAAACGGCAGCGUCAAGCUGAAGGUUCCCGAUGACGAGGUCGCAUUCACCGGCCUGUCCAAGGACGAGCUGAUGAAGGUUGCUGGCACUCCAGGAUGGGUACGAACCCGUUGGGUGCUUCUUGUCCUGUUUUGGCUGGGCUGGGUAGGCAUGCUGGCCGGAGCCAUUGUGAUCAUAGUACAAGCCCCUCGCUGCAAACCCAUCCCUGAUAUGACGUGGUGCAAUGAAGGACCUCUGUACCAGAUCAAUGACGUCGAAGCCUUUUCUGGAGACUUGGCAGGUGUUGAAUCCAAGUUGGACAACAUAAACCAGUUGAAGGUGAAAGGCCUGGUCCUCGGCCCCAUUCACAAUGUCCAGAAAGACCAGUCAAUCACCCUGAACCUUCAAGAGAUUAAACCGGACCUCGGAACAAAGGAUAACCUGAAAGCUGUGCUGGACAGGGCCCACAAGAAGAGUAUUUCUGUGGUGCUCGACCUGACUCCAAACUACCAAGGAAAUUCUAACUGGUUCAGCGAUAAAAAUGGCUUGGAUGACGUAGUGGAGAAAGUCAAGGCUGCAGCAGAGUACUGGCUGAACUUUGGUUUUGAUGGCAUCAAGAUAUCCGACCUCACUAUUGCCGCCAGCUCUGCUGAGUGGUCGAACCUGCGGGCUGUCGUCCAAGGCAACGGCACCGACGACACCAAGAAGGGGGCACUGAUGGGCGUGGUUGAAGGUGUUUCAGCUGCAGAUGUGUCACAGCUCAUCAACACCACCGGUGUGGAUAUCAUCCUGUCCGACCUGCUCAGCAGCAAAACCGGAGGAGUGGAGCGCAUCCAGGCCAUGGACACCCUUAACUCUCAGCAGAGGAAUCUGGGCUGGGGUCUCGGUGCCACCCAACAGAAACAGAUGUCUGCAAAGGGUCCGAAACUGGUCCAUCUCUACCAGCUCCUGCUGUUUACCAUGCCAGGAACUCCGGUGUUUACCUACGGAGAUGAGAUCGGCCUUACCGCAGGAGAGGGUUCUGCUUCCCCUAAGAUGGUUUGGGACUUGGAGGAGAAACCUGCUGAAGGAGCUGAAGUCAAUGAGACUGUUAUGGCUAUACAGCAGCAGCGCAUCGACACAAGAAAGUGGUUCAUCUCCCUAAGCGACCUGCGAGGCAAAGAGCGCUCUCUCCUCCAUGGCGACUACUACAGUCUAUACUCCUCUGCCUCCUCCCUCUCUUUCCUCCGUCUGUGGGACCAGAGCGAAAGAUUCAUAACAGCCGUCAACUGGGGAACCACAGAAGAGACGAUCACAUUCAAGCUGCAACCUACAGAAGGAGUGGAGUUGCCGGAAACAGCCACGGUAAAGCUGUCAACCGACAAAAACCUGAAACCAGAUGACUCCGUCAGCUUGGACAAACUCGUGCUACAACCGGGACAAGCUGUCCUGCUGCAGUUCCCCUAUACAGGCUAAAGAUGGAGCCAAAGUAUAGGAAAGCUACCUACAGAUUAGACUUGGUUUAAAGACACUAAAGUCAGUCCUAAUCUUUAGGAAUAAGAUGGCAAAUGAUACAGUACACUCAUUUUACUACAAGAAAUAUCAGUUUAUUUAGUCUGGAAAUGAAUGAAAUUGGGUCAAAGAAAAUCCGAAUAUCGGCCAGUAAGAACUUUUUGGUUUUUAUAACUUAAACUUUUUAUUUUUAUUUUUUUUAGAUUGACUUAUUGUUUUUUCCUUUUUGUUUUGGUGCUCGGAAAAGAUGCAGCAACCUCAGACAUGCACUCAGAGUUUUGUCCUUUGGUCAUCUUUUAUUUUGUUUCAUCUAUACACUGUCCAAAUAUGUGACAUACAUUCCACUACUGUUCUUUGGGCAUUCCUCUAGCUGUUAUCUGUUUUUGUUUUUUUUAUUAUAAAUUUUUAAGCAAGUUUUAAUGGUUAUUUUACUUUCUUUUUCUUUCUUUUUUUUCUCCUUCCACUGAAAGAGGUUUAUCGCACAGGAAUAAGAAGCUAAUUGAACAUAUGUGAUGGCUCGGUUUGAAGGAUUUUAAGAGUUCAAAUAAACAAAAUUGUUGCAAAUUGCAUCAAGUGAAAUGAAUAAACAGAAAUAUCUGUACUGA